UGUUCUGCUGGCUUCUAUAAGGCCAAAUCUUCAGAUGUUGGGUGCUCCAAGUGUCCUCCACAUAGCCACUCGCUCAGAGAUGGGGCCAAUGUGUGUGACUGUCACUCCGGAUUCUUCCGAGCUGAUGCGGACCCUCCCUCCAUGGCCUGCACCCAGCCACCGUCGGCCCCACAGCAGCUCAUCUCUGUGGUGAACGAGACAUCGGUGGUCCUGGAGUGGGCCCCCCCCCCGCCGGUUGGGAGGAAGAAGCGACACCGGGGACACGGUCCGACUGAAAAUCGAGCCGUCCCGAGAAAUCGCAGCGUCUCCCGGUCCGACUCUCUGCACGGCGGCGUGGGGAUGCAGUCCGACCAGGGCAUCGUGGGACCUGAGGUCCAGCCGGGCAGGGGGGUCUUCCAGAGCAGGCCUGCGGAAAGUCCCCGGCCCGGCCUCGGCUCCAUCUCCAGUUCGCAGCUGUGCCUGCCCUGCGGCGCAGAUGUGCUUUUCUCUCCCGGCCAGACGGGCCUGCAGACCACCAGGGUGGUGGUGAGCGAGCUCAGGGCUCACACGCACUACACCUUCACCGUCUUCGCGCGCAACGGGGUCUCUCAGGCCAGCGGCGCAGGGGCGUCGCAGAGCGCGUCUGUCAGCCUCACAACCAAUCAAGCCGCUCCCUCUCCUGUGUCAUCCAUUCAAGUCACUGAUGUCACUAGGCACAGUUUGUCGUUGUCGUGGCAACAGCCCGAUCGACCCAACGGGGUCAUCUUGGAAUACGAGGUGAAGUUCUAUGAAAAGGAUCAGAGAGAAAGGUCCUACCGCAUAAUGAGGACCUUCUCGCGGAGUGUCGAUGUCACGGGUCUCAACCCCCUCACUGUUUACGUGUUCCAUGUGCGUGCUCGCACAGCUGCUGGAUAUGGAGAGUACAGUGCCCCAUUUGAAUUUUCCACCAAUUCAGAUCCGUUCCCUCUGAUUGGAGAAGGAGUUAACUCAGCCUUCCUGCUUUUGUCUGUCAGCGGCGUUGGAAUUUUGCUCUUGAUAUCGGCAGCUGUCUUCAUCAUCAGUCGCAGGAGAAGCAAGUACAGUAAGACAAAGCAGGACUCAGAGGAGGAGAAACAUUUGAACCCAGGAGUCAAAAUUUACGUGGACCCGUUUACCUACGAAGACCCGGACCAGGCCAUCCACGAGUUUGCCAAAGAGAUUGAUGUCAGCAGUAUUCACAUCGAGAAGGUGAUCAAAGCCAUAGAGGAAGGCUACCGGCUGCCUGCUCCCAUGGACUGUCCUGUGGUACUGCACCAGCUCAUGUUGGACUGUUGGGAGAGAGAUCGAGCAGAGAGGCCCACCUUCAGCCAGAUCCUCAACAUGUUGGAUAAACUCAUCCGCAACCCGGGGACUCUGCGCCGCACAGGAGGAGACAGACCGUCGGGCGCAAUGUUGGAGUCGGCGUUGGGUUCAGAGGUGUGUGUGUCAGUCGUACCAGAAAUGUGCGUGCCACAGUGGUCGGUGUGUGAAUGGUUGCAGUCCGUCGGUUUGGAGAGGUACAGGGACACCCUUAAAGCAGCCGGUUACACCAGCCUGGACAGCCUCCUGGUUCUCACACACCAGGAGAUGGACAGACUGGGGAUUAUCACACCGUCACACCAGGACAUACUAAUUGCGAGUGUGCAGCAAGAAAUGUUGUCUCAAAUGCAACACAUGCAGCACUCUAUGGUUCCAGUC